UGUUCCCUGACCCCUCAUGUACUUGUACCUGAUCCCAGACAUCCUGGUCUACCUGUGUCCCCUCCAGACCCCCAUGGCUCCCCUCAGACUCUUCAUGGACGGUGAGGAACCGUUAGUCCUGGACGGAGGACUCGGGACGGACCUGGAGGCCCACGGAGCCCGCCUACAGGGAGACCCUCUGUGGAGCUCCAGGCUUCUCCACACGGACCCUCAGGCCAUCAGAGACGCUCAUUACAGGUUCCUCGUCGCCGGCGCUGACGUCAUCACCACGGCAACGUACCAGGCCAGCGUGGCCGGGUUCACCGGCGAGCUGCAGGUCAGCGCCGAGCGCGCCAGAGAACUGAUGGCGUCCGGAGUCCGGCUGGCCCGGGAGGCCCUGGACCGGUUCUCCUGCCACGCUCCACCAACAGGGCGCCGGCGCCCCCUGGUGGCGGCGUCCGUCGGGCCGUUGGGGGCGUUCCUUCACGACGGGUCCGAGUACACCGGCGCCUACGCGGAGCAGAUGAGUGUCGAGGAACUUAAAGCGUGGCACCGCCCGCAGAUGGAAGUCCUCGCCGGCGCCGACCUCGUUGCCAUGGAGACGAUUCCGAGCAUCAAGGAGGCGGCGGCUCUGCUGGAGCUGCUCAGGGAGUUCCCCGAGACCCGGGCCUGGCUGGCCUUCUCCUGCCAGGACGGGCGGCGCCUGUCCGACGGCAGCUUGUUCAGCGACGCCGUGCGGUUUGCUCAAAGGUCGAGUCAGCUGGUCGCUGUCGGGGUAAACUGCUGCUCGCCGGCGCUGGUGGAGCCGCUGCUGGACUCUAUCGGGUCCCUGAGGACCCCCGACCUGAGCUGGGUGGUCUACCCCAACAGUGGAGUGGACUGGGACUCUGAGCAGGGGCUGCCAGCAGGGGGCGCUCCGGCGGCGCUCGGCGCCUCGUGGCUGAAGCUCGGCGCCUCGUGGCUGAAGCUCGGCGCCGCUCUGAUCGUUCCUCCGCCCACCAGGAGGGUGCUGCCACGUCGGCCCGGCUCACAUCGCAGAGUUACGACGCGCCGCGUCUUCCGGACGAAGCCACGCCGUUGGCUGUUUGUGAAUCAACGUCACGAGGAGCGGCUCUGAAGGUUAAAGACACAAACAACAAGUCGCUUUACGGCCUUUUAUUCACAAACAUCUGGGGACCGGUUUCCACGGUAACAGAUCUCAGGAGGGUUUGGUGAACUUUGUGUAAGCGGCGCCCCCUAGAGGGCAGCUUCAUGUCUGUUCUGUGGUGCGCUACACUCGUUGGAGCGUGUGUGGCGCCCCCUAGAGGCCGGUUGGAAUGAAACCGUCUGGCGACGUUUCAGGACCUCUGGAGGAAAUAAUAAUAAAGAUCAUUAAUAGAGUUUA